AGUAUAUGGUAGUUGCUGGAAACCGCUUGCGGGUUUAGGACAGGGACGCUUGCUUUUCUCUAAAGAUGGGUAAACACAGUGAUAGCAGUAGCGAUAGCAGCAGCAGCAGCAGCAGCAGCAAGUCGAGUAGCAGCUCUAGCUCUAGUGAUGACAAGAAGAAGAAGAGGAAGCACAAACACAAACACCGACAUCGUCACGCCGAUUUGGAGGUGAAGGCUAAAGAGCACAAACACCACCACAAGAAGCACAAAAAACACAAGAAACACAAGAAACAUGAGGAUAGAUCUGUCGAGCCGGGCCUACACAGGGGAGAGUUAGACGUAGACCCAUCCUUCCAAGUCAAUGCCGAAGAGCCGGAGAUCGAGACCAGUUUCGUUGAGGUCCAGCACAAUCCAGCACCGGACUUCUUCUCAGGAGACGCAGAUCUACCUCUUCCUCCAGCUUUGGAGGACGAGCCGGAAAUCGAACCGGAUUUUGAAACCUUCGUCGAAGCACCACCGGUUUCUGUUCCCCAGUCUUCAUAUGUUGUUACAAAUCCCGCGUAUGAAGUUGAUCCUUCGUAUGAAGUCCAAAAGCCAUCGUAUGAUAUUGAACCAUCUACUCUAGAAAUUAGAAAACCACAUCUGCACAGGGAACCUUCAUUUGAAGCUAAAAUCGAACCAAAGGUCGAGACUUUCGUUGCGGCCCCGCCCACUGUCACUAGCCAUGAGGUCACGCAGCCACAGUACGAGGUCAACACUACCAAGCCAACCGUCGACGUCAAGGCAAAACACCACAAGUCCCACAAGAUCAGGGUACCUCACAUUCAUCAGCACCAUAAGAAGGAACCAGCUCCAGAUAACGAGGUCGAAUACUACGCGACAGAUUCUCAUUUCAAAGUGUUCCAUUUCAAGGAAGCGAGGACUCCGAAACCCAAGCCAGUCUUGAAAAGGUUGGAGGAACGCACAGUGACUGUUGUGUCGGCGCAGAACCAACUAAGUCUGAGAUGGAUGUUGUGGCGGAUCCUUGCCUUGAUGUGGGCGGUCAUCCUGAUAGCAUGGGGCAUUGUCCUUCCCGUUUCUGUCAUCAUAUCUGCAGCUUAUAUCAAGAAGGAGUGGAUUUUGCCUUUCCACAUUGUCAUCCUGUUCGUUGGCAUCAUAUACUUCCUCUACCUCUUCUUGGGGAUCCUGAGGCGGUUCCCAAAGAACAAUCGGAAGAAAGGGAAAGAUAUCCGCUAUCCCGAGAAGAACUACAUCUACGACGAGGAUGGGACCAAGGUUCCUGCGCCUGAUUACGACAACGGAGGAGCAGGAAUGGAACAGAGGAUGUUAGGGAGUGACAACUCCCUGCUCCCAGCCACACCACUCGGGCAUUGGGAAUCAAGCUUCGCUGAGAACGCUUUGAGAAUUGGAAUAUUAGUGUUCGGUAUCGGAUGCCUGGUGUACGACAUCAUUUACCUAGGCAUGUAUCUCGGAGACGCGAUCGACUGCAAUAAUAGUGGCUGGGAGGUUAUCUGCUUCAUCCUGGUGUUCGUCCUUCAUAUCGUCUUCAUCAUACUGCAGACCAUAUUCUUCCUUCUUUAUGCGAAUGUUUCCAUCAAUAAGCAUAUCGUGCUGAACAUGCUUGGUCUGAUGCACGUGUUUGCCGUGAACGUCUGCUUCUGGGCGCUGAUAUUGGUCGAGGAGUACCAAAGACGGGUUUCUUUAGUACCAGGCAUGGCCCCCGCCAACUACGUGGCCGAUAGUGCGUGUAGGGCGAACCAGACCAUGUCAGCCGUCAUCGACAAGGCUGGCUUCUACUUCUUCUCAUUUGCCGUCGAGUAUUCCCUGGUCUGCGCCGUAUGCAUGUGGAGCGUCUUCCGCAACAUCGGGUACCACCGCGUCUACGGGUUCGUCUUGAAGACCAGGCACGACCACUCCAGCAUGAAGGCUGGCUUAUCCUGCAAGGGCUACAUCGGCUUGAUCUUCGGAAUCAUCGUCUUGAUCCUCACCAUCGCCGUGAUCGCCGUCUUCAACAUCUUACUGAAACCCCACGCAUACGAAGUCAAGUUGCUGAACUUCAUUUUUGAGAUCAUCCUGGUGGCCAUCUUGAUCAUCAUCUCACUGUCCGCGCUUGAUAAACUCAAGUGUCUAACCUUCUUCGAUUGCGGUGGAUUCCGCUUGGAAUACGCACUAUACUUUACCACAAUCUUCGUCCUCCUCUUCUUCGACGUCUUCACGUUCCUCGGGGCGAUCUACUCCUCCAUGGUCUGGGAAGCUGUCCUAGUUUGCCUCCGCGCCUUCUUCUCACUCCUCCAGUCUAUCAUUCAACUCUGUGUAAACUUCGAAGGCCUCCGUCGCUACACCAGCAACACGUACUACCAGUUGACCAAGCCCGGUCAACACCAAGUAAUCUUCUUGAUAUUUGCCAACAUCUGUAUCUGGGGUCUGUACACAUUUGACCUUUGGCGGAUCUACUUGGACAGCGAUAGCUUUGGGUUCAAGUUGUUAAAUGCUAAGAUUUGGAUAGCCUGUAUGUACCUAUGUCUGCCGUUGGUGAUGUUGUACAGGUUUCAUUCUGCGGCCAGCUGGUUCCAGGUUUGGGAGAACGCCUAUCAUAUUUACCGCACUCCCAAACCAGAGGACCAUUGAGCCUAUAUUCAGCUAUUAACUCCUGCUUUAAUGUAUAUGAACUGUUAUGGGGCACGUUUUAUCACUUUCCAUUUUCAAUCAUCAGCAAAUCUGAGAGUUAAAUGAAAUUAUAAGGCAUGAAUGGUAACCUCGUGGAUUAUCAUUCUGCCAGACAUUGAAACUGCUAAAACAUUGUAUACAUGCGAUAUUUACUGGUUUUCCUAUCGCCCUAUGUUGAUUGUACAUUAUAUGCUGCUUUUAGAGUUACUUGAGUGCCGAACAUAUCAGGUUAGCAAAUAUAUAGCAUAUUGUACUUGAUAUCACGAAGCGGACAUCACUUGCUUAAAGAGCAAUUUGAAAUUAUUCGAAAUUGGUUUCAGCACGCAGUAAUCAAACUAUAACUGCAUCAAUAUAGUUGCAAUCGAAUAUUGGACAGGUUUAGCAACACUCACGAAGAGCUCCGAGGUAAAUGUAUUUCAUUGACGACGGUAAUUGAAGAGUUUCCAGAUUGUUCCAUGAAAAAUGAA